UUGAAUAAGAAGGAGAACAAAUGAACUGUAGGUUGGGAAGCAAGAAGCCAUUUUUAAGUGGAUGAGAAGCAAGCAAGCUAAUCUUCUUCUUUCUCUCAUAACCUGUUGUGUUAAAAAGUUUCUCAUCAUGAGCUCAGAUCUUGUGAAGUGUCUUGCUCGUGUGUAUGACCCCAAACCACUUCACGCUUCAAAACGUACGAAUGGUGGAAGAGCCAGGGCCAGAAGAUCUCCACUUUCUCCACCAAACAAACAUCCAUCUUCUUCCUUCUCUUCCCAGCUGUCUGCUUCUGAUGAACCCUCCUCAAAAUCUUCAUCUUCUGCUUUUGUACAUAUUGAAGGACGGGUCAAUGCAUUGAGUGGUAAGAUGGACAAACUGCUUGCCCUCCAAGAGGCAGCUCUAAGACGACUGGAUGCCAUUGGUCAAGAGCAAGGCACGUCCACAGGUGGACGGAGUGUGGAGCAGAUGUUGUGUGAUAUGCAUGUUGUCAUAGUAGAAACUGUUAGAGAGAAAGCGGAACAACAAAAUCAAAGGCUUGAUGCUUUGGAGCGACUGAUCAACGGAAUUCAACAGGCUGUCAGUUUCAUUACGGAAGUGCAGAAACAUUCGAAAUUAGCAGAUCUCUUGAAAAGCAAACACUCAAAAUCCAACAUCAGGCUGAGAGAUAAGGAUGGAAAGGAGAAACCUAAACUGUACCCAAAAGGGUCAAAAACCCAGAAGAAAAAGAAAAAACAAGAUGCAACAGAAAUGGUCACGGCUGGUUUAGAAGAUGUGCAAAAGCUCAAUGAACAGAACGCUCAGCUUUCCCAGUGCACAGCGGAAACAGAAGCUAGCACAGCAGUUCCCCUGGAUCUUAUUGAUGACGUGCAAGGAGGAGAGAGUUAUAGAGAAAGGAAGGAAGUGGUGGAGGAAGAGGCGAGAAACGAAGAAACUGCAUCAGAAUUGGUGCAGACAACAGAAGAUAAGGAGGAAAAAGAGAGGACAGAGAAAGAGGAGGAAUUAUUGUCGUCAGAAAAAAUCCAACUAGCUGUUCCAAAUUCAUCUGGCCAGACCGAUGAAAGUAUUGCAGUCAUACAAGAAAGCCACGAGGACCAUCUGGACAUAACUUGCAGCACAAAGAGUCAUGCUACUGAUGAGAAUCUGGAGACAGAUGACCUUAAAAAAAGCAGAGUGCAAGAGGCUUCGGAGGAGGAGGGAUUAAAGGAGGAAGAUGAGGCAAGACUUGAAGUGGCAGAAGUGGGACCAGAGACAAAAGAGGAGGGGACAGAAGAGGAGAGGAUAGAUGGGGAGCCAGUACUUGAAGAAUAUGUCAUUGAUUCCUCCCCUCCUCCACCUGCGCCAUUUGAACAUCGUCUAGUUACAACCAAAACCCACCAGAUUGCCAGCUACUACACUAUCAAUAAAGAGGAAGUUCUUGGAGGCGGACGCUUUGGCAUGGUGCACAAAUGUGUGGAGAAAUCUUCUGGGCUCAUAUUAGCAGCCAAGAUAAUUAAAGCCAAGAGUCAGAAAGAAAAGGAGGUAGUGAAGAGUGAGAUUGAGGUAAUGAACCAGUUGAACCACUCCAAUUUGAUCCAGCUCUAUUCCGCCUUCGAAUCUCGCCAUGAAAUCAUUCUAGUGAUGGAAUAUGUUGAUGGAGGAGAGCUGUUUGACCGGAUCAUAGAUGAGAACUAUAAAUUGACAGAGCUGGACACAGUGCUGUUCAUCAGACAGAUCAGUGAAGGGCUUCAGUAUAUGCACAAAAUGUACAUAUUGCACCUUGACCUAAAGCCUGAAAACAUUCUGUGUGUCAGUCGACAGACGAACAAGGUCAAGAUAAUUGACUUUGGGCUUGCGAGGAGAUACAAGCCCAGGGAAAAGCUAAAGGUGAACUUUGGUACACCAGAGUUCCUGGCUCCUGAAGUGAUCAACUAUGAGUUUGUCUCAUUCCCAACUGAUAUGUGGAGUUUAGGUGUCAUAACUUACAUGCUGCUUAGUGGCCUGUCUCCAUUCCUGGGUGAGGAUGAUAAUGAGACACUAAAUAACAUCCUGGCUUGUCAGUGGAGUUUUGAAGAGGCAGAGUUUGUCGACAUCUCUGAGGAGGCCAAAGACUUCAUAUCACUCCUCCUUGUGAAAAGCAAGAGUUGGAGAAUGAGUGCGUCCCAGUCACUGAAACACCCAUGGCUUUCCGACAGAGGGCUUCAUUAUCGUCUACACCAGAAGAAAAACAAGUGUCACUCCUCACAUGCCCCUCCUCCAGAGGGAUAAACAGAAGUGAUCAUUGACUCUCCUGGUGCCAUGGCGACAAACUGGACCAAUACUGUUUGAACAGUUACAUCUAUUAAAAUUACAGUUACAUAC